AUGGAUACAAGACCACUAUCGAAGGAUUCUAUGAAAUCCACCUGGCGUACUGCCGACCGAUCAGAAUGGACGCACCAGCAUUGGGUAUUGGAGAUUUUAAACGCCCAUCCAAUCGAAUUAAAUAAGGAAGUCCCUGUCCACGCCAAAGACGAGAAGAUUCCCUUUAUGCCGCAAUGGUCUCUCCAGCGAUGGGUGCUAUUUUACUCGGCUAUACCACUACUUUUGCACCAGUUGUAUAUGACCUACACCGGCCGUACCCUGGGGCCGAUUGCGACGUUCAACUUCUACUUCUUCGCCUUCAACGCUAUCGUCAUCUAUCAAGUUCACGUCCUUCGACGUCUGGGUCAUAUCUACGGUUUCUUGGAUGGUGACAAACACGAGCGUGACGGCGUUCCUGAUGUUGGCGUGGGAAAAGUCGUGACUUCACUCUAUAAAACCACUGGCUCUCGACUUGUCAUGGCCGUCUACUUGACCUACAACAGAGACCAACUGCCCAGUGAAAUGAACUGGCUAUGGCUUCCACUGGAGAUCGGUCUAUACGGUAUCGUCCUCGACUUCUGGUUCUACUGGUAUCAUCGCCUGAUGCACGAUGUGGGCUUCUUCUGGAAAUUCCACCGAACCCACCACCUGACAAAGCACCCGAAUCCGCUCCUUGCAGCCUACGCAGAUCACGAACAGGAGUUCUUCGAUAUGGUCGGCGUGCCUUUUAUGGCAUUUUUCUGCCUUCGUCUUAUGGGGUUGCCGAUGGGUUUCUAUGAGUGGUGGGUAUGUCACCAAUAUGUGGCGUUCGCGGAGGUUUUCGGUCACAGUGGGUUGCGGAUGCAUUUGACUGUGCCUUCUACUCUGAGCUGGGCGUUGCAGAUGUUCAACUGUGAUAUCGUUAUUGAGGACCAUGAUCUUCACCAUCGGAAGGGAUGGAGAAAGAGUCACAACUACGGAAAGCAGACCCGUCUUUGGGACCAGAUCUUCGGUACUACCACCGAUCGAAUCGAGUCUGCGGCGAACAACAUCGACUAUGAAAAUGUUGCAAGAAUGCCACUGUGGUAG